CCGCGAUGUCGGCCCAGGCUCAAAUGAGAGCGUUGCUCGACCAGUUAAUGGGCACUGCGAGGGAUGGUUCAGUGUAUCUAUGCCAGCCUACAUCAAUCUGCAAGGGAGUUGCAGAAAAGCCUCAUGUUCAUCGAGCCGUGAGUCACAAAUGAUUUUUAAAGCUGUUAUGAAUAUCCAAACAGUACUUUUGUUUACCACAAGUAAUUUGCCAUUAUCACAGUCAACAACUGGUAAACCUAAAACAAGAAAAAGGGAGGAACCUUUAAGAAGAAGGAUGGAUAAGAGUAUGGUUGCAUACGAACUCUGGAGACCUCCAUUAAAAAAAAAAAAAAACAAGACAAAACAGACAGAUCUUUUUCUCCGUCGAGCGUUGUCUCUCUGACUGUUGUGUAUCACUCACUGCAGGUGUGGGGAAGAACUCUUAUCCCCAUUUAUACUUUUCAACAGCGGGUUUAAAAUCACUUCGCUGGGCUGUAGAAGAAGCUGAUGGGUACAGUAUAAGUGGAAGCUCGCAGUGUGUAUACAACUAACAUUUUUAUUUCUUUUUCCUAUACCUAUUAUUAUUAUUAUUAUUAUUAUUAUUAUUACGACUAUUUAAAUGUCUUCUUUUUGUAUGAAAGGGGUUCUUUAUGGUAAACUUGCCACCUCAACUCUACACCUGUUGAGAUUGCUAGAGGCCAUGGAGCAGCUGCCAUAGGGACCCAUGUCCUAAAUGGACAGAGUGAGUGAUGAGACGCGUCAGCGGGUUAAAUUCUCAGACGAGCGUGUGUGCAAGAGUCACCUGCUGAACUGCUGUCCACAUGACAUACUCUCUGGAACCCGUAUGGAUUUGGGAGAAUGUUCAAAAAUCCAUGACCUUGCCCUGCGUGCAGAUUAUGAGAUUGCCUCCAAGGACCGCGACUUGUUUUUUGAACUUGACGCUGUGGAUCACCUGGAGUCAUUCAUCGCAGACUGCGACCGCAGGACUGAAUUGGCCAAGAAGAGGCUGGCAGAGACACAGGAGGAGAUCAGUGCUGAGGGAGCUGCCAAGGCAGAGAAGGUUCAUGAGCUGAAUGAGGAGAUUGGGAAACUACUUGCGAAGGCGGAGCAGCUGGGUGCCGAGGGCAACGUAGAUGAAGCGCAGAAAGUGCUACAGGAAGUGGAGCAAGUGCGAAUCAAAAAAAAGGAUGCAGAGGAAGAAUACAGGAACUCCAUGCCAGCUUCUAGCUUCCAGCAGCAGAAGUUGCGGGUGUGUGAGGUGUGCUCGGCCUAUCUGGGUCUUCAUGACAACGACCGUCGUCUUGCCGACCACUUUGGAGGGAAGCUGCACUUGGGCUUCAUCCAGAUUCGAGACAAACUGGAGGCGCUGAAGAAAACGGUCGUGCUGAAGCAGGAGCUGAGGAACCAGGAGAGACUGAAGAGGAGAGAAGAGCGGGAACGUGAAGAGAGAGAGAAGAAGAAGACCAAAUCACAUAGCCGUGAACGCAAAAGGUCCCGUUCCCGGGAGAAGCGUAGGAGACAUUCUAGAUCAGCGUCCCGUGAGAAGCGCCGAUCCCGUUCACGUUCUCGAGACCGUGAGCGCCGGCGGCGGCACAGGAGCCGAUCCAGGUCUCAUCACCGUCACAAGUCAUCUCGGGACCAGGAUCGUGAGCGCUCUUCUCGUGACCGGUCCUCCCGUGAUCGCUCCUCCCAUGACCCAUCGUCCCGCGAUAGGUCACGUGACCGUGAUCGGAGACGGGGCUCAUCUGAGCAUCAUCACCAGGACAGCAUGAACGGGAAGAUGGACCGCCGUGAUGACAGAGAAGCUGGCGAGAUCUGAGUUAGUGGAACAACACUCGCAAAUACUACCAUGGAUUACAACCCCCGCCCCCACAGACGCACACACACACACACACACACACACACACACACACACACACACACACACACACACACACACACACACACACACACACGCAUGCACAGAGCCCUACAGCCACUGUGCACCCAAACCUGCUAAUCAUAUACUUAUCUAAUACCUUUUUCCUGCUCCUUUAAUGCUGCCUUUUAUUUCCCGCAUAUUAUACUGACCUACAACAAUAUGGGUGUACGUGGGUCUAAUUUCUCAGAUUUCCAACCUCCAACCCUCAACCCCCCUCAGUUCUCUGGACAUCAGUUAUGAGGACAAAAACAGGAUGUUGUUUGAAAUUGAUGAGAUUUGGCAUUUCAAUUCAAGGCCAUCUUCCUUUUACACAACAUUUACAUUUCAAGUUUUCACCCUGUCGCACAGAUUCCUUAAGUAUUGGACCUAAAACCACUUUCGUCCUGUUAAGUUGUUGGUUUUUUGUUUGUUUGUUUGUUUGUUUGUUCGUCCCCGUCCCCUUCAUCCCUCAAACUAAAUAUGAAUGACUAGUUUUAAAAUACCUGGGGAACUUCUUUGAGUUUAUUUCUGGAAGGACCACAUCUGUUUUUGUUUUCUGUGUGUAAUGUCCAUUGGGAUGUAGAGUACUCCUCUGUUUCUCUUUGCUUUUUGCUGUAAUGUUUAUGGAUAUCCUGCCAGUACCAGUGACGCUGGGUCACACGAGUGUAUCAUAGUCUCUGUAGGCUUACGAUGAAGCAAAAAAAAUACAUAUGUAUGACCGCAUUCAUGAUAGCAUAUGGAAGAUUACAUUUCCUGGUUUCAUUUUUUUUAACUAAACAAAACAUUAUGAUUCCUGUUCAAAAUAAUUAAAUUACUUUGUGAAUGGAAA